CUCAAACUGCAAGUAUUCACCCAUCUCACCAAUAUCGAAUCAGGCCAAUAUUGUUUGAAUUAUUAUCACUCUCAAUUCAUUUACUUAUAAGUACAUCAAUAAGCCAAGUGUUCUUUGUUUAUCGCGGACCACAACAGUUCUGGCAUGAACAAGGCGACUCAGGCUACUUGCAUUCACACUGUUAUCAGCUGUGUAGCUUCAUCUUUACCAUCGACUCGACAUUGAGCCCUACUUUCAAUACUGGUAGGAUUUAUUUGAAUCAUACAGUGGGAUCGACAACCCAAAAUGGCUGGAAAGGGUGUCGUACUGCGUUUCGACCCAGCGGAACAUAGCGCAGCGAUACCGUAUUUGGCGGCGAUUCAUGCCUCGUGCAUCACACAAGAUAGGACGAUUGCGACUUUUUUGCCACCACUGUCACACGAUAAGCUUCUUACAUGGUGGAAACAACGUAUCGCAGAGAUCAACGAUGGAACUAGAGUGAUGUAUCUACUACUCGAUGCCGACACCACGGGCAAGCUUAAGGGCCCCGAAAUUAUGGGCGUUGUGAUGCUCUAUAUGCCGCCAUCAGAAACUGGGCCGUUCCGUGGUAUAGUUGAGAAGCUUCUGGUCCACAAAAGCUUUCGUGGGAGAGGUGGUGCCAGGGCACUCAUGGACGCAUUGGAAGCUGAUGCAUUGGAACGCGGACGAGGACUUUUGCUUCUUGACACCGAGACUGACAGCCCAGCAGAAGCUGUUUAUACAAAGCUUGGGUGGACGGAAUUGGGCAAGGUGCCCAAGUAUGGAAUCAGUCCCACGGGCGAGCUCAAGGACGGAACGUUUUUUUACAAGCAAUUAUGAUGAACGAAAUAUUCACUGCUAUGAUUUUACUGACUCGGGUCCAGUACGGCUGGGUAGACGACUUGUAACGGGGUUCACUAGACCAACACGCUUUCUAAUAGAUUUCAUAUGCGAGGACCUCAACUACAACUGCUUUUGACUUUAUUGACCCAUAAAUAAAAGCCAAUUCCAGCUGAGAGCGCCUAGAACAAUGAGCUUUGCUCUACAGGUUCUAGCUCCAGCGGAAGGCCGUUACCUGUUGCAACGCUUAACGUAUUGCUGGC